CCGGUUUUCAAGUGAUCGUUUUGUGUUCCGGAAAUCUGCACCGAGAAGCUUCCGUCACCAUGGACUCGCUGGAUAGCUCGACUCGUCACGAGCUAUCCAAGCUAGGAUACAGCCUCGCACGGAAUGGUUCUGUUUCUCACAUUGUACGGACACUAUUGAAGGAUCUCAGCAGAUUCCGGAAUGUUUCGGAGGAUCUGAGCCAGCUGAGCCGUCGUAAUAACGAUCUAUCACUUGCCGCUAUGCUAUACAAAACUCAACUCGAAGAGAAAGACGCCGAACUCAAAAUUUUAUCGAAAAAAUUCGAUGGUGAGAAAGAAGCUCUCGAGGAAAAGAUUCGAAAUCUCGAGGAGAUGCUGCCAAGAACAGUGGAGGUCCCAAAGAGCAACAUUCUGCAAACUCUAGGAGUUUCCCAGACAGAUCGCGAGGCCUUGGAUCUGCUUCGAUACGCCGACAAAAAACUCCAUGAGCUGGAGAACACCAAUCGAACUCUGAUGUCUCAACUGGAUAGGAAUGUUACGAACAGCGGUCUUCUUAUCAACAAAAUCAAGCUCAGAGAUAGCGAAAUCCAGAGGCUCACCCAGCUGGUCAACAGCGGAUCCUGCAAUUUCGGAGUGGGCAGCGGGAACGCUCAGAUUCAAGUUCUACGGGAGCAGAAUGCGCGCCUCCAGAGUGAAAUUGAUGAAAUCCGUGGCCGUGCCAUAGAAUCGUCAACGAAUCAUGACUUUAAAGCCGAACUUGCGACGGCCAUCGAAGAGAGAAGAGAGCUAGCCCGUCAGCUGGAUCAUUACACAUCAAAAUUGACAGCACUGCAGAAGCUUCUGCACAAGUAUGAGCACGAACUCAAAAUGGCUCGGCUCGAAAGGGACAACGCUCUCGCCGCGGAUAAACCCACCGAAAACGCCGCCACAUCAACCGAGCCUCUACGAGGGAACAUUCAGGAUGAAAACGGUAACGUCACCAACUACGGAACCGAAUCAUCGAUGGCGAAGCAGCGUCCGAGUAGAAAUAACGAGAAUAGUAUCCCGGGAGACAGAAGCGAAAAGCUCGCGGCCUACGAGAAGAAAAUAUCAAAACUUCUCAGAGACCUCUCAACUCUACAGGACGCGGUCGCAAAGAAAGAUCAGGAGAUCACGCAACUCCGAGGCGAGAUCGCCAUUGUAGGGCUGGCCCACGAGGAGAAUCUCAGAUUGCGCGCUGAAGUGAGCUCGUUGCGAAAGUCUGCCACAGAAUUCAGAAAUGAGAUCCGGCAACUGCGUGGGCAUGUCAAGGACUUUUCUGCAAACGCAGCGCGAGCCGCCGACGCCGUCCAUGGCAGCGCCACAGUGGUCCAUUCGCGUGCUCAGAGUCCUCAUGAGGAAGAACUGCCGCACCUGGUUGAGAAAGCAUCCGGGAAGUCCGCGAACCCGUCUUCCGGUAUCAAUGGCUGCAGGAGUCAAUGUGAGAAAAGUGCGUCAGCGUCCCUCGAGACUCCGGCGCUUCUCGAGAAAGUUGCGUUGCUCGAGUGUGAAAUGCGUCGACUUCAGGCUCAAGCGGCCUUAGACAUCGAGAACAGAUUGCGAACCGAGACGCGUCUUCGUGAAAUGGAGCAGAACCCACCGAAAAAAUUCAGAGGACUCCUGAAGAUUGACGGCGGAGUCAUGCGGACGGAGUUCGAGAUGCAGGCCGAUGCCCCCGACCGAUGA